GAGAGAGAGAGAGAGAGGGAGGGAGGAUGAGGAUUCUUGAAAGAGGUAACUGUCGUAGAGAGGCCGAGAGGGUGGCGUUUUUAUACCGCCGAAUAUGUCCUUAACUGAAGAGACGAGAUAAAUCCCUUCUUGCGCAUCGUUCUGCUUCUUUGCGUGAUUCAUACGGUGUAUCAUCGCCUCCCUCUCUCCAUCUCUCAGGCCUGGUCAGUUACUCUUUCAGCCCUCCAGGCGUGAGGUAAGUCCAAGGUUUUUUCUCUCUUGUUUGAAUCUCACUGGUGUCGGCAAGGCGGAAUGGGAGGCGACUCGGCAUUACCGGGGGCAACUGGAGCCGCCGGUGUCCCGGCUUCGUAUUGGUUCGACGCCAUGGAGGACGUAGACGCCCUCUCAGGCAUCGAAUUCCCCGACUUUGACUCUUCUGCGCUUCCUUUGUCACUCGAUCAGCACGUAGGGGACGAUGGCUUCAUUGUGGAGAUCGACCGAAUCUUGCAAAGCAUUAACGGAGAUCAGCUUGUCACUCUGCCUCCUCCGGAAGCUACUGUGCAGGCUCUAAUGCCUUCUUCAUUGCUCGAGGACAUCCCUGUGGACUGCUGCAAGCCGGAGGAUCAACCAGGUAUUAGGGAGAAUAGCUCAGUCUUGGUGAGAAGGGAUCCAGGGGCACGGCCGGAACUCAAUGAUGGGAAUGUGGUUAAUGGCGACGGUAGAUUUGGGAAGAGAGCUCGAGUAGUCAGUUAUCGGGCGGAGGAGAGAAGCUACUCAACUGCCCGACACGGCAGGUACAGGGAGUCGCCACUCUGCCGGCGUUCGUUCCACGACAGGGAUGAGAGGAAGCGGCGGGAAGGCGAGCGCGGAAGGAAAAGGGACCGGGAUGGCGGUGAUUUCAGGGACAGAGAGUGGAGGGAGAGAGAUAGCAAAGGUUACUGGGAGAGGGACCAUAGGUCAGGUAGACUGGUAUUUAGGGCUGGCUCUUGGGAGGCCGAAGCCAGCCGGGAGACGAAAAAGGUCAAGUAUGACAGUGUGGAGCAGGUUAGGGGAAGCCUUGAGAAGAGGGAUGAAGAGAAGGAUAAGCCUGCUGAGGAACAGGCAAGGCAGUAUCAACUUGAAGUUCUUGAACAGGCCAAGAAGAAAAAUACGAUUGCUUUUCUGGAGACUGGAGCAGGUAAGACCCUUAUUGCGGUUCUACUCAUGAAGAGUUUGUGUGAUGAGAUGAUGAAGGAGAACAAGAAAAUGUUGGCCAUCUUCCUCGUGCCCAAGGUUCCACUUGUUUACCAGCAAGCGGAUGUGAUUCGAAAGAGGACUAAUUUUAGUGUGGGGCAUUACUGUGGGGAGAUGGGACAAGAUUUCUGGGAUUCUCGGAAAUGGCACCGCGAGUUUGAAUCAACGCAGGUUCUUGUUAUGACUGCUCAAAUUUUGUUAAACAUUCUCAGACACAGUAUAAUAAAAAUGGAUUCCAUACAUCUUCUUAUUCUAGAUGAGUGCCACCAUGCAGUUAAAAAGCAUCCAUAUUCGUUAGUAAUGUCGGAGUUUUAUCAUACGACUCCGAAGGAGAAAAGACCAGCUGUUUUUGGCAUGACAGCGUCUCCAGUUAACUUGAAGGGAGUCUCUAGUCAAGAGGAUUGUGCUAUCAAGAUUAGAAAUCUAGAAAGUAAACUGGACUCCAUUGUUUGUACAGUCAAAGACCGGAGGGAACUAGAGAAACAUGUCCCUACUCCACUGGAAACAGUCGUCCAUUAUGACAAAGCUGCUACCUUGUGGUCUCUUCAUGAGCAAAUAAAACAAAUGGAAGCUGCAGUAGAAGAAGCUGCAAGUUCCAGUUCUAGGAGAAGCAAAUGGCAGUUCAUGGGAGCCAGAGAUGCUGGAUCCAAAGAAGAACUCCGUCUUGUUUAUGGUGUUUCUGAAAGAACAGAAAGUGAUGGUGCUGCUAAUCUAAUCCAAAAAUUAAGGGCCAUUAACUAUGCAUUGGCUGAGCUUGGUCAGUGGUGUGCUUACAAGGUUGCACAUUCAUUUUUAACAGCCUUGCAAAAUGAUGAGAGGGCAAAUUACCAGCUUGAUGUGAAGUUUCAGGAAUCAUAUUUGAAGAAAGUCGCUACUUUAUUGCAAUGUCAAUUGUCUGAGGGUGCUGUAAUUAAUGAUGGAAAUAAUGCUGCAAUUGUAAAGAAUACUGACGUGCAUUCUGUGGAUGAUGAAAUUGAAGAGGGAGAGCUGUUAAAUAGUCAUGUUGUCUCUGGUGGUGAACAUGUUGAUGAAAUAAUUGGAGCUGCUGUGGCAGAUGGCAAAGUUACACCGAAGGUUCAGGCAUUAAUUAAAAUACUUCUCAAGUAUCAGCACACAGAAGAUUUUCGUGCUAUUAUAUUUGUGGAGCGUGUUGUUUGUGCACUUGUUCUUCCAAAAGUGUUAUUAGAGCUUCCAUCUCUAAGUUUCAUCAGAUGUGCCAGCUUGAUAGGGCACAACAAUAAUCAGGAAAUGCGGACAUGCCAAAUGCAGGACACAAUUGCCAGGUUCCGUGAUGGUCGAGUUACUUUGUUGGUGGCGACGAGUGUUGCUGAAGAAGGGCUUGACAUUCGUCAAUGUAAUGUGGUCAUAAGAUUUGAUCUCGCCAAAACUGUUUUGGCGUAUAUCCAAUCUAGAGGCCGUGCUCGGAAACCUGGAUCCGACUACAUAUUGAUGCUUGAAAGGGGAAAUUUACAACAUGAGGCCUUCUUAAAGAAUGCCCGAAACAGUGAGGAAACACUGAGAAAAGAAGCUUUAGAAAGGACGGAUAUUAGUCAUCUUAAGGGUAACCCAAGACUCACUUCUGUGGAAGCAGCGCCUGUUUCUAUUUAUUUGGUUGAAUCAACUGGUGCUGUUGUCAGCUUAAAUUCUGCUGUUGGGCUGAUCCACUUUUACUGCUCUCAGUUACCCAGUGAUAGGUACUCCUUACUUCGUCCUGAGUUCAUUAUGGAAAGGCAUGAGAGAGCCGGUGGUUUGAUUGAAUAUUCUUGCAAGCUUCAGCUUCCCUGCAAUGCUGCAUUUGAGAAAUUGGAUGGUCCUCCAUGCAAUUCAAUGCGGCUUGCACAGCAAGCUGUUUGUUUGGCUGCUUGUAAGAAACUACAUGAAUUGGGAGCAUUCACUGAUGCGCUUUUGCCAGACAAGGGAGCUGGUGAGGAAGGCGAGAAAAUUGAACAAAAUGGUGUGGGAGAUUCUCUUCCUGGUACUUCACGGCAUAGAGAAUUUUAUCCUGAAGGUGUGGCAGAAAUUCUCCAGGGGGAAUGGAUUUUAAAUGGAAAAGAAGGCUGUCAGAAUUUAGCUGAACUUCAGCUGUACAUGUAUGCUGUAAAAUCUACCAAUGUAGGAAUCUCUAAGGACCCAUUCCUCUCGCAGGUUUCUGAUUUUGCAAUACUUUUUGGCAAUGAGCUGGAUGCAGAGGUCUUAUCGAUGUCAAUGGAUCUGUUUGUUGCUCGAACUAUUGUAACAAAAGUAUCUCUGGUUUAUAGAGCACCUCUUAAGAUUACAGGAGCUCAGUUGGAUAUAUUGAAGAGUUUCCAUGUUAGACUCAUGAGCAUUGUGCUUGAUGUGGAUGUUGAUCCCUCAACCACACCUUGGGAUACAGCUAAAGCUUAUCUUUUUGUCCCGGUGAUUGCCUCCAAACAUUUUGAUGCAGUAAAAGAAAUCGAUUGGGGUCUGGCUGAAGGUAUCGUCUCUUCGCUUGCUUGGUGUAAUCCGCUCCAGAGGGCGCGCCCAGACGUUUACCUUGGUACAAACGAGCGGUCCCUUGGGGGAGACCGCAGGGAGUAUGGAUAUGGAAAACUACGCAAUGGAAUGGCUUUUGGACAAAAAAUGCACCCUACAUAUGGUAUCAGGGGUGCUGUGGCACAAUUUGAUAUUGUGAAGGCAGCGGGGUUGAUUCCCUGUAGGCUGUCUGUAGAGUCUUUUGAUGAAAGAUAUCAGUUUGGGAAAUUAUACAUGGCGGAUUGUUGUAUUGAUGUUAAGGAUCUUAUGGGGAAGAUUAUUACUGCUGCACACUCCGGGAAAAGGUUCUUUGUGGAUUCUGUAAAUCCUGAUAUGAAUGCUGAGAAUUCAUUUCCUCGGAAGGAAGGCUAUUUAGGGCCUUUGGAGUAUAGUUCAUAUGCUGAUUAUUACAAGCAGAAGUAUGGGGUGGAUUUGAUGUACAAAAAGCAACCUCUGAUACGAGCACGUGGCGUGUCUUAUUGCAAGAAUCUCCUCUCCCCGAGAUUUGAACAUACUGAAGCACCAGAGGGAGAAUCUGAAGAGAAUGUAGACAAAACAUACUACGUUUUUAUCCCUCCUGAACUUUGCCUUAUCCACCCGCUACCUGGAAGCCUUGUACGAGCCGCCCAAAGAUUACCCUCAAUAAUGAAAAGAGUGGAGAGCAUGCUUCUUGCUAUUCAGCUCAAGGAAAAUAUCAAUUAUCCUGUUCCAUCUGCCAAGAUCUUGGAGGCUUUGACAGCUGCUUCAUGUCAGGAGACAGUCUGCUAUGAACGGGCGGAGUUGCUUGGUGAUGCUUAUUUGAAAUGGGUAGUUAGCAGAUUUCUUUUUCUCAAGUAUCCUCAGAAACAUGAGGGUCAGCUUACCAGGAUGAGGCAGCAAAUGGUGAGCAACAUGGUGCUUUAUCACUAUGCCUUAAACAAAGGACUCCAAUCAUAUAUCCAGGCUGAUCGGUUCUCUCCAUCCCGUUGGGCUGCCCCUGGUGUCCUUCCCGUGUUUGAUGAAGAAUCAAAAGAAUCAAACUCAUCCAUGUUUGGAGAAGAAUCUCAUGCUAGUGAUUAUGAGCCUAAAAUUGAUUUAUAUGAUGAUUCUUCAGAAAAUGACCGGGAAGAUGGGGAGAUUGAGGGUGAUUCAAGUUGCUACAGAGUUCUUUCUAGCAAAACUCUUGCUGAUGUUGUGGAAGCCUUGAUAGGGGUUUACUAUGUUGAAGGCGGAAAGAAUGCUGUUAACCACCUGAUGCGCUGGAUUGGGAUUCAAGUGGAAUUUAACCUUCAGGAACUGGAGUUUGUAAAACCAAAUUCAAUUCCAGAAAGUAUAUUGAGGGUUGUUAACUUUGAUGCACUUGAAGCUACAUUGAAUGUGAAGUUUAAGAACAAGGGUCUCUUGGUUGAAGCCAUUACUCAUGCCUCCAGGCCAUCAGCUGGUGUUUCCUGUUAUCAAAGGCUAGAAUUUGUUGGUGACGCCGUUUUAGAUCACCUCAUCACACGAUAUCUUUUCUUCACCUACACCGAUUUGCCUCCCGGACGCCUCACUGACCUUCGUGCUGCCGCUGUUAAUAAUGAGAACUUUGCUCGUGUUGCUGUUAAGCAUAAACUCCACCUCCACCUUCGACAUGGUUCAAGUGCUCUAGAGGCUCAGAUUCGGGACUUUGUCAAGGAUGUUCAGGAAGAGCUAUCUAAACCUGGUUUCAACUCCUUUGGCUUGGGAGAUUGUAAAGCCCCUAAAGUUCUUGGUGAUAUUGUAGAAUCUAUAGCUGGGGCGACUUUCUUAGACAAUGAUCUUGAUACCUCAGUUGUUUGGAAGGUUUUCCAGCCAUUGCUUCAACCAAUGGUGACCCCAGAAACUCUUCCCAUGCAUCCCGUCAGAGAACUCCAAGAGCGCUGCCAGCAACAGGCGGAGGGAUUGGAGUACAAAUCUUCUCGAAUGGGUAAUCUGGCUACCGUAGAAGUCUUCAUAGAUGGCGUCCAGAUAGGAGCAGCGCAGAACCCACAGAAAAAAAUGGCCCAGAAGCUUGCAGCAAGAAAUGUGCUAGCCUUUCUGAAGGAGAAGGAAGAGAAGGAGAAGAAGGCGAAGGAAGAGAAGGAGAAUGAGUUGAGAAAAGAUGGGAACCAUGGAGAGAAGAAUGGCAACAAUGGCCAGGUGUUUACCAGGCAAGCUCUCAACGAUAUAUGCUUGAGGAAGCAGUGGCCGAUGCCGCACUAUCGGUGCGUGAAUGAAGGCGGCCCUGCGCACGCCAAGCGAUUCAUCUACGCGGUUCGCGUCAACACAUCCGAUCGCGGGUGGACGGACGAAUGCAUCGGGGAGCCGAUGCCCAGCGUUAAGAAGGCCAAGGACUCUGCAGCGGUUCUUCUCCUUGAGCUUCUGAAGAAAGUUUAUCCUGAAAACUAGUAGUCUGGUUUUCUUAUGCUUGAUGAUGAUGAAGGUUUUGUUUGCUUCAGGACUUUUAUUUUGUUUAUACAAUGUGAUUGGGUUAUUUAUUUAUUUAUUUACUUAUUUAUCAUUGGAAAGAAAAAUAUUAUGUCGAGUCCGGAUGUAUUUGGAUUUCAUUUGUACGCAAUGUAUAACGAUUUG